AUGUCUAGCUUUAGUUUACCUGCUUCUUUAACUCUCGAUUCCACUUCUCCAAUUUCUAGCCCUGUUUCUUCAGAGGUUUUCGAUUCUGUUUCUUCAGAAAUUCCUGAUUCAGUUUCUUCAAUUCCUGAUCUUCCAGAUGAAAAUAUUCAUGAAA